AUGUUCCUACACACAGACAUUAAUGUGUGGUUUCUUUUGGUAGGUCAAGGUGAUUUUGAUUUAUCCGAUGCUCUUGAUCAUCCAGGGGAAACAAUUACUAAGAAGCCUCCACCGGCUACCAAAAGGCCAAUGUUUGAUGAUCAUCCAAAACCUCACCCACGUCCUCCUCACAAGCCGCAGCCGGGAAGCUAUGGCAAUGAUGACAGGUUCAGUGACUUAGAUCUCAAUGAUGGGAAACCUCUACCCCCAAGGCCCGCAGGAGAAAAGGAGAGUAAUGUCAAUCAUGGUGGAAACACUGAUUCUGGAGUAGUUGCUGGAGUUACAUCACCUGUGAUUUCUGUGCUUGUGCUGUUAAUUGUUGGAACAGUAGCUGGUUACACAGCUUACAAGAAGAAGCAACUCUGUUUUAAAGCUAAUGGUGGGACAACUGUGUAAGCUGGCAAGAGAGGAACUGCCCAGUGAUAAUGAAUAUUUUCUGCACAACACUGGACUACUUAUUGUUAAGAUGUACUUAAGUAAUAUAUGAAUGGGUAAUAUAGUACAAUCUGAUACAUAUUAUACACAUGAAUGUAUAUUUUGGUUCAGAUGCU